AUGCCGCCUCCGGAGCCCAUGCCCGGUUACGGCGAGCUGCUCCGCCGGGGUUACGGCAGCUUGGCCGCGGCCGCCCGGGGCUGCGGGGACUGCGGCUGGGAGCUGGCGCUCCGCACCUGGGCCGAGAACGCGCAGCUGGGCUGGGCGGAGGUGCUGCUGUGCGGGCUCUGCGCGCUGGGCUGGACCGCGCUGCGCCGCGCCUGCUCCCGCCGCCUCUUUCGGCCUUUCGGGGAGUGGUGCAAGCUGCAGCCCAAAGACGCGGCCAAGAUGCCCGAGAGUGCCUGGAAGUUGAUUUUCUACUCCUUGUCCUGGUCCUACGGCGCUUACCUGCUGUUCUGCACCGAUUAUCCCUUCUUCCACGACCCCCCCUCCGUCUUCUACGGGUGGCACCGGGGCAUGGCGGUGCCCGGGGACAUCGCGCUGGCGUACCUGCUGCAGAGCAGCUUCUACGGCCACUCGCUCUACGCCACCGCCUACAUGGACACCUGGCGCAAGGACUCGCUGGUGAUGCUGCUGCACCACGUCGUCACCCUGCUGCUCAUCGCCUCCUCCUACGCCUUCAGGUACCACAACGUGGGUAUCCUGGUGCUGUUCCUGCAUGACGUCAGUGACGUUCAGCUGGAGUUCACCAAGCUCAACGUGUACUUCAAGCACCGUGGUGGGGUCUACCACCGCCUCAACGAUGUCAUCUCCAACAUCGGCUGCCUGACCUUCAGCGUCAGCUGGUUCUGGUUCCGUCUCUACUGGUUCCCUCUCAAGGUUCUUUAUGCCACCUGCCACUCCAGCCUCCAGUCCGUCCCCAACAUCCCCUUCUACUUCUUCUUCAACGCGCUGCUGCUCGUGCUCACCCUGAUGAACAUCUACUGGUUCCUGUACAUCGUGCUCUUCGUGGCCAAGGUGCUGCUGGGGCAGAUGCAGGAGGUGAACGAUGUCCGCGAGUACGACGUGGAGGAGAGCAGGAAAGCCGGGAAGGAGGCUGGGAUCCCGCUGCCCCAGGCUCUGAAGGAAGGGCUGCACCUCAAGAACGGCCUCGUGAAGGACAAGAGGUUGUGA